GAAGGAGACGCAGCAGGGAAGCGCAGCAGCUGGGAGUCUCCUGGUUUCUCACUCCCCCGCUGCUCAUGCCCAGUCCCCCUCCUACCUACCCGGACGUCAUCUCUCCAAACAGGUGUUGGACAUGGAGGAGAUGAUCAUCUGGGAGCAGCAUACCACCACACUGAGCAGGGAUCCUCGAAGAGGCUUUGGGAUCGCCGUUUCGGGAGGCCGUGACCGACCCAGUGGUGCCAACAGUAAUGGAUCAGUGGUGGUAUCAGAUGUGGUGCCAGGAGGACCAGCUGUGGGCAGGCUGCAGACUGGAGACCACAUUGUCAUGGUGAAUGGGGUUUCCAUGGAGAAUGUAUCUUCGACCUUUGCCAUACAGACCCUCAAGGCUUGCGCCAAAUUUGCCAACAUUACCAUAAAAAGACCUCGAAGAGUUCAACUGCCUACCACCAAGACCAGCUAUCCCACUUCAAGCCUAGGCCGCCCCAACCCACAGAACCAGGGGCCACUAUGGGGCCACCAGGACCAGGAAGAAUUGGACCAUAGUCGGGGCUAUGAGGGUGACUCAUCCAGUGAGCGCAGCUCAGGCCACAGUUGGACUGAGCGUUCCCGGAGGCGGAGUCGAGCUGGCAGUCGCAGAGGUCACAGUCGGGAGAGCAAGUUGGAUCGGCCAGAUGGAGCCAAUGGGCUGGCCCUGGUGUCUGGCUUCAAGAGACUUCCCAGGCAUAAUGUGUUGAUGAAGCCAGUGGAGUCAGUGUUGGUAAAGAAGAAAGAAAGCGAGGAGUUCGGCCUGAAGCUCGGCAGUCAGAUCUUCAUCAAGCACAUUACAGACUCAGGCCUAGCCUCCAAGAACAAGGGGCUGAAGGAGGGUGAUCUUGUCCUUAAGAUAAAUGGAGUGUCAAGCCAGAACCUGUCCCUGGACGACACUCGGGAGUUGAUCGAGAGGUCAGAGGGGACACUGACCCUACUGGUGCUCAGGGAUCAUCGGCAGUUCCUGGUGAACAUCCCCCCAGCGGUCAACAGUGACAGUGAGAGUUCAGGCCUGGAUGACAUCUCUGAUAUUGGCUCUGAGCCCUCCCAAGCACCCCCAUCCCACGUGCCCCCACCACCUGUUGGCAAGCGGCGGGUUUCUGUUGCCAGCUGGACAGAGUCACCUCCGGAGGAGUCAGUGGAACCAGGAUCCCCUUGGGAAUCAGGUACUCAGGAGGCCCUGAGAAAAAGCAGCUAUGACAUCUAUCCGGGCUCCACUGGCCAAAGAAAAGAUUAUGGGUAUAGCCCAGACACUCGGGUGGUCUGUUUCACCAAGGGUAGCAGCAUCGGGCUCCGUCUAGCUGGGGGCAACGACGUCGGCAUCUUUGUAUCAGACGUACAGCCAGGGAGCCCAGCAGAUGAACAAGGCAUUCAGGAAGGAGACCAGAUCCUACAGGUGAAUGACCAGUCAUUCCAGGGCCUGACCAGGGAGGAGGCUGUUCAGUACUUGCUGGAGCUGCCCCGAGGAGAGGAACUGGAGCUACUUACUCAGCGAAAGCAUGAUAUCUUUAGGAAAAUGGUCAAGUCAAGAGUGGGUGACUCUUUCUAUAUCCGCACUCACUUUGAGCUGGAGCCAAGUCCACCUAUGGGCCUAGGCUUCACAAGAGGAGAUGUCUUCCAUGUUUUGGACACACUGUACCCUGAGCAGGGUAGGAGUGGCAGCUGGCUGGCGGUUCGUAUGGGCCGGGACCUGACGGAGCAAGAUCGGGGCAUUAUUCCCAACCAAAGCAGGGCUGAGCAGUUGGCAUCACUAGAGGCUGCCCAGCGGGCUGUGGGCUCAGGGCCUUUUUCUUCCUCAGCUACCACAGGGGCCCGAGCUGAGUUCUGGAAGCUUCGGGGCCUGCGGAAAGGUGUCAAGAAGCAUAUGCGCCAAAGCCGAGAGGACUUGUCAGUCCUGACAAAGCAGGGCAACUAUCCACCCUAUGAGAGGGUAGUGCUGAGGGAAGCCAGCUUCAAACGCCCCGUGGUUAUCAUGGGCCCCGUGGCUGACAUUGCCAUGCAAAAGCUAUGUGCUGAGAUGCCUGACCAGUUUGAAGUUGCAGAGAGUGUCACAAGAAGCGAGGGCCCCUCAAAGGUUGUCAAGCUGGACACAGUGCGGACGAUUGCUGAGAAGAACAAGCACACUCUGCUGGAUGUGACGCCCUCCGCCGUGGAACGCCUCAACUAUGUGCAGUACUACCCCAUAGUGGUGUUCUGUGCCCCUGAAAGCCGGUCAGGAGUCAAGUCCCUGCGCCAGUGGUUGGCACCCACCUCCAGGAAGAGUUCUCGCCGCCUCUAUGCCCAAGCCACAAAGCUGAAGAAGUACCACAGCCAUCUGUUCACAGCUAUCAUUCAACUUCAGGGGAACAACAAUACCUGGUACCAGGAGCUCAAAGAUAUUAUCAAAACCCAGCAAUCCCGACCCAUCUGGACAGCUGAAGACCAGGUGGACAACGCAGCUGAGGAGAGCCUGGACCUGCCCCACCAGGACUUUGGGGGGAGCAGUGCCUAUCUCAGCUGUGAUAGUCGUGUCAACAGUGACUACGAGACAGAUGGAGAGGGUGGUGUUUACACAGACAAUGACAUGGAUGAGGAGCCUGCAGAGCCAGCAUUGGCUCGUUCAUCAGAACCAGUAGAAGCAGAUGAGGUAGACAAUCUGAGGGAAGAGGUACUGUCAGCCUCAACAUACCCAAGAGCCCAGGCCAGGGAUCCUCCUACUCAGGGACAGUGGAGACAAGAUAGCAUGAGAACCUAUGAGCAAGAAGCCUUGAGAAAAAAAUUCACCCGAGCCCGGAACUAUGAAUCAGAUGAGGAUGAUGGCUAUGACUGGGGCCCUGCCACUGACCUUUGACCAUGGAGGCUGUACCAAUCCAAAGCCAAGAUCACCUCAGGGAAUCUGAAAGCUCCUCCUACCUGCCUUACUCCAGCAGCCUCAAGAAAGGGGACUUACUCUGGCUUCUACCUCCUCAUUUGGGAAGGCCAUUUCCAGACCUGCCUAUUCCUACUAAAGGAAGUUGGAUUUUUAUUAUGCCACCCCCACUUUGAUACUGCAAGACAGCUCAUCCUAUUCCUUCCCCUGUACCCCCAUCUCUGGGCUUGGUUGUCAACAUCACAAAACAUCCCUAUGAGCCCCUCCAGUAUAGCCCUGCCCUGAGUUGUCCCAGUAGAACGAUGUGUUCCUGCUCUCUCAGGACCCAGAACCCAGGACCUGGAUUGGACCACAGAGAAAACUCUUAGUUUUAUGGGUAGGGAAACUUAAGGGUCAUUCAAAUUGUGUCAGGGUCUGGACUUACCAUUCUGGGUUGUUAGCUUAGAACAGGGGUUUUUAAAGAAACCUGGGUGCCUGUGAACUUUUUUUAAAAAUACUUGGAUAACUGUACUUCAAUAGAAUUGGUUUGCUUUGUAA